UGCAAGCAUAGAAAUUUUGUCCAAAAAUAGUUAAUUAAUAGCUUGCAUAGGUUAUUUUAGUUCAAUGAAAUAAAUAGGUGACCCUGCUGAAUGUAAGUAGUGGCCUUUUGAAAUUGCCUGUAUCAGUCUCAGACUUUCAUUUCAUUUUUGGAAUUUAUUAUAGUUAUCUGACAUGUUGGCUUUGCUUUUGACAUGGGGAGCAAUGAUAAUAUUGUGCAGUAGUUUGUGGUAUGUUUUGAGAGUAAGAAGAAGACAUCCAGGGGAGCCACCUUUGGAGAAUGGAAUGCUGCCAUAUCUUGGCUGUGCUUUACAGUUUGGGGUCGAUCCUCUCAAAUUCCUCAGGGAACGACAAAAGAAGCACGGUUCCAUUUUCACAUGCCAAUUGGCUGGAAAAUAUGUCCAUUUCCUCACAGAUCCAUUUUCCUAUCAUGCUAUGAUACAACAAGGAAGAAAUCUGGAUUGGAAAAAAUUCCAUUUUACAACUUCAGCAAAGGCCUUUGGACACGCAAGCAUUGAUCCAAGUGAUGGAUUCACUACUGAAAAUAUGCACCAUACCUUCACAAGAACAUUGCAGGGUAAUGCCUUAACAUUUCUCAGUGAAACUAUGAUGGAGAACUUGCAUUAUGUCAUGGUGGAGUCAAGUGCAAGAAAAAUGAACUCCAGUGACUGGGUCACUGAUAAGCUUUAUGAAUUCUGCUGUCGUGUAAUGUUUGAAUCUGGGUUUUUAACACUUUUUGGUACAGAAUUUAAUACACAUCACGACAAGGUCCUUGCUUCUAGUCAACAAGCCCAGAGAGCACGUAUUCUCAAUGCCCUAGAGCACUUCAAGGAAUUUGAUCAAAUCUUUCCAGCUCUUGUGGCAGGUCUUCCUAUCCAUCUAUUUAAAAAUGCUUACAGUGCACGAGAGAAGCUAGCUGAGACUCUGCUCCAUGAGAACCUUCAAAAAAGAGAAAACAUUUCUGAACUCAUUUCUCUCCGAAUGUACUUGAAUGAUACAUUGUCCACUUUUGAUGAUAUGGGUAAAGCAAAGACACAUCUUGCAAUCCUGUGGGCAUCGCAAGCUAACACGAUACCUGCUACAUUUUGGAGUUCAUUCUAUCUUAUUAGGAAUCUCAGUGCAAUGAAAGCAGCUACAAAAGAGGCAGAACGAGUGCUAAAAGAUGCUGGCGAAAAGAUCUGUACAAGCAGGAAACCCAUUUGCUUGAAUCAAAAACAGCUGGAUGACAUGCCUAUAUUAGACAGCAUUAUAAAAGAAGCACUAAGACUCUCCAGUGCAUCCCUGACAGUCCGAGUUGCAAAGAAAGAUUUCAUUUUGCAAUUAGGCAGUGAUUCCUACAAUAUCCGCAAAGAUGACAUCAUAGCUGUUUAUCCCCAGCUGUUGCAUCUUGAUCCUGAAAUCUAUCCUGAUCCACUGACAUUCAAAUUUGAUCGUUAUCUUGGAGAAAAUGGAGAAGAAAAAACUUUCUAUCGUAAUGGUCACAAAUUAAAAUAUUAUUAUAUGCCAUUUGGAACAGGAUUGGCAAAAUGUCCUGGAAGAUUAUUUGCUAUUAAUGAAAUCAAACAAUUUCUGAGUUUCUUGCUUUUCUAUUUUGAAGUGGAACUAAUUGACAACAAUGUAAAGUGCCCUUCUUUGGAUCAAUCGCGAGCUGGACUUGGUGUUUUGCAACCUUCAAAUGAUAUAGAUUUCAAGUACAGAUUAAAACUUUCAUGAAUGUAAAGAGCACUAUUAUAUCUUAGCAUCAGUCCUCCAAAGAGGUAGAAAGGUCCAUUGAGUAAAAGUGCUGAAAUAUACUAGAAAAAAAUUAGACAGCUUGGAGAAACUGCUAUCACUGUUUUAUAUGAUUGUAUAGGAAAUAUUUUCCAGUGUAAAUCAGAUUUCUGGACUGAUUCUUGUGAGUUCUGGGGAUAAUUCUUUUCACUAAAUCUGCUUGUAUUGGUUUUGAGACCAAAUCAGAGUAAAGGGGAAAAAAUGAAAGAAGGAUAUAAAUUGACCAUCUAUAACCCCAAAGCCUAUGAGACAUGAUUACUUCACUACAUUUUGAAAAACAAUAGAUAACUUUGUACUAUGCUGCCUUUUACGUACUUGCAAAUAAAGCUUGCAAACAUAAGAUCAUGUGUUAGACUUUAGGUCACUGAUAAAAUGUGUACAAACUCAUCCUAAUACCAGAUUAGUAUGAAUAUUUUUUCAGGCAAGGGUGGUACAGCUUGCCUUAUUGCUUUUGUAGACUCUGAUCUUAACAUCAUCCCAAAUGAAGGUCUGGGUGUUGUGGAUUUUUGUUUAUUUCUAUAUAACUACUGUGUAUAGAUUUUAUUUUCUUCAAUAAAAUAUUUUAUUCAUUCUGGAAAGCUUUAAGAGUGUUUUCUUAUUCUUCAGCUCAGACAAUUUUCAGUGGUGAUGACAUCUCCUAUUAUAGAACCAACCAAAAUCUGCUCAAUAUGUAACAUCUAAAAAAUAUUGAGAGGAAAAUUUCAGGAGGGAAAUAAGAAUUCUGGGUUAUGAGCAAAUAGAAGGUCACUGUCAGUUUACUUACUGAUAGACCAAAGUAACCUCACACUAUUUUCUUCUUUC